AUGGUUGCUCGCUAUAGUUGUGAAUUUGAGUAUCGAGCUAUGGCUAAUACCGCUUCCGAGCUCGUUUGGUUGCUUAAUCUUCUCCAUGAGCUUCGUGUUCGGUUAUCCGCGACUCCUCUUCUACUCAGUGACAACCAAAGCACUUUGUUUAUGGCUCAGAAUCUUGUUGCUCAUAAGCAUACCAAACACAUUGACUUAAAUUGUCAUUUCGUUCGUGAGCUGGUUGCUUCCGGUCGUUUAGCUGUUCGCCAUGUGCCUACUUCUCUCCAGCUUGCUGAUGUUUUCACUAAGGCAUUGCCUCGUCCGUUGUUUGAGCUUUUUCGAUCCAAGCUUCGACCAGCAAAACAAAUAGCACAAGACACAAAGGAGGACAAAGCUUGCAAUGAUCAGCAAAAGAGAAAGAGCACAACAGCAUAUCUGUUUAAUCUUUGGUCUGCUUUCAUGGCUUUGAAUGUGAUGCUUUUUCUGAGCAGCCUUAUUGUUUUACACAGUUUUCUAACACCAACUUGCCAUUGCCAGACCUGUUCUCCUCAGAACAUUGAAACUUUCUAUCCCAUUGAAGCUCCGAAACCAGCCCCCAUAACACAACCUCUUGAACCAAUAUCAAAGCCACAAGCACCAUCACCAUCACCAGGGCUGGGAUCGGCGGCAGCGGUGUCCACAAGUUCUUCAUCAAACAUUAGGAUAGUAAUUGCAGUAGCUCUAGCUGUUUCUGGUUUGAUUUUCCUUUUAGCACUGAUUUGCUUCAUCAGAGCAAGGAGGAGGGGAAAGGUGAUAAUGGGCAGCACUGCUUCUGCCACCGCAGAUAGGCGUGUUGAUGUGCCGCCUCAGGUGAACGUGUUUGAGAGAAUGGAAGGAAACAUCAAGGGACUGAUUGUUGAUGAGGGUGGUUUGGAUGUGAUUUAUUGGAGAAAGCUUCAAGGUAGAAACACAGACAGGAAUUUCCAAAAGGAGGUCUUGCCUAAUCCCAAAAGCAGUGAAGAAGAUGAUCAUGAAGGAAAUCAAGGGAGAAGGUAUAAGUCUAUUAAAGAAACUCCUCUUCUUAGAGGGAAAUCUUCAACUUCCCACAUGAAUAUAUUUCCAGAAGAGCCAUAUACAAUUAUGAGUAUUCCACCUCCAGCUCCUCCUCCCAUUGUUUUUGCAUCAGUUGGAGCUGCUUCUUUCACAUCAAUUCCUAAGAUGAAAACUCCUGCUCCUGCACCACCACCUUCCCUUCCAACAAUACCUGAUAGAAAGAUUCAAGAACCAGAACCAGCAGUAGCACCUCCUCCACCAAUUCCAGUUACAAAGAAUCUAGCACCACCAUCACCUCUUCCUCCACCAAUCUCUACUAGAAAUAGUCCAGCACCACCACCUCCUCCUCCUCCACCAAUUCCAGAUAGAAAGAAUCCAGCACCACCACCUCCUCCUCCACCAAUCCCUGCACCACCACCUCUUCCUCCUCCAAUCUCUGCCAGAAAGAGUCCAGUGCCACCGCCUCCUCCACCAAAGUCAGGUGGUUUCAAUUUCAAGUCAUCCUCAAAACCACCACCUAUCCCUAUGGAAACACCAGUUACCAACAGUAAGCAAGGAAACUCUUCAGGUGAAGUAAGACUGAAGGCAUUACAUUGGGAUAAGGUGAAUACUAAUCUUGACCACUCUAUGGUGUGGAACAAACUUGACCGUGGCUCUUUCAGGGUUGAUGAGGAUCUUAUGGAAGAACUCUUUGGGUACAUUGCCACCAAAUCAAAUAGUAAUGAUACCCUAAAAGGAAAUGACUCAAAGAGUCCAAGAAGGGAUGCCUCAGCUCGAUCAACAAAUGCUUUCCUUCUUGACCCCAGAAAAUCACAGAACACUGCUAUAGUUUUGAAAUCUAUGGCAGUAUCACAAAAAGAAAUUAUCGAUGCACUGGUUGAUGGUCAAGGCCUUAACACAGACACCAUUGAAAAGCUUGCUAGAAUAGCCCCAACAGAAGAAGAACAGUCCCUUAUACUUGAAUAUGAAGGAGACCCAGCAAGACUUGCAGCAGCUGAAUCUUUCUUGUAUCACAUCCUCAAAGCUGUUCCUUCAGCAUUUAAGCGGUUAAACGCCUUGCUAUUCAGGUUGAACUAUGACUCUGAGAUUCUAGAAAUCAAGGAGUUACUACAGACCAUUGAGCUAGGGUGUAAGGAGCUUCGAACACAAGGAGUGUUUUUAAAGCUACUUGAAGCAGUGCUUAAGGCCGGAAAUCGUAUGAAUGCAGGUACUCACAGAGGUAAUGCUCAAGCUUUCAACUUGGCUUCUCUAAGGAAGCUCUCUGAUGUCAAGAGCACUGAUGGGAAAACCACAUUGCUUCACUUUGUGGUUGAAGAAGUAGUCCGUACUGAAGGGAAACGUGCUGUUCUUAACCGCAACUGCAGUUUGAGUCGUAGUAACAGUAGGAGCAGCAACAGCAGUGGAGAGUCUCAGAACUCUGUUGCUUCAAAUGAACAAAGACAAAGGGAAUAUAUAACACUAGGAUUACCAAUUGUAGGAGGGGUCAGUUCUGAGUUUUCCAAUGCAAAGAAAGCGGCACUUACAGAUUACAACACUUUUGUUGGUUCAAUUUCAGCACUCUCAGCAAGGAUAGUAGACUUCCGGCAACUUGUUCCCAAGUUUGGAGAUGAUAAAGGAGGAAAGUUUUUUAGAGAAAUGAACAAUUUUCUUGAAAAUGCUGAGGAGGAAUUGAAAUUAGUAAAAGAAGAGCAAACAAGAGUAAUGCAGCUUGUCAGGUGCACAACACAUUAUUACCAAGGAGCUUCAAAAGAUAGUGCAGACUACGCUCUCUCUUUAUUUGUCAUAGUCAAGGAUUUUCUGGGAAUGGUUGAUCAAGCCUGCAUAGAGAUUGCUCGUAACAUGCAGAAGAGGAAGGUACCCAAGGCAAAUUCAGGGUAAAAUCAACAGAGGCACCAGCAAAAUGGAUUAUGAGGUUUCAAACAUUCAAACCUGCUAGAACAUAACAGAUCAAGGAAGUCCAGGAUUGGCCUAAUUCAUUCAAAUUUUUUUCAAUUGGACAAUUUACACAAGGGAACUGAAGUCCUAAAGUCCUGGCUCAAGUGUGUUUGGAUCUCACAAUGGAUAGGAGAAAAAGUAGCUUUAGAUGAAUGUAAUGGAAAUACAAACACACAUCUCUUUCAAACUUUGAAUGAGACAGCUCACAAAUUCGGGUGUCUUGGAAGAGAGUUGACAGUGGUCUGGACACAACCUAGUUCUGCUAUCCAUUUGAGGUUCUGAUUUUGUGAAAGCAGGCUAUGCUUUUGCAGUGAUAAGAACAGUUUGUAUGAGGCAAAUUCAGAAGCUAGACACGUCGUUGUGAUCCCCCCUCCCUCUAAAUGUACACCUCACUUGCAUAGGGAACUAUUUUCUCUACCUUUUUUCAAGUUUUGUGUAUAAACAUGUUGGAUUCUUUUGUCAUCAACUGGAACUUCCCCUUUAUUCUCACUUCCUAUUGUAUUCAAUUUGUAAGUUUAAUGAGAGUGAUUUUAUUUACUGUUCA